CCCGACGCGAGAUCCGCCGUUGAACCCGCUCCCCUAGGGCAAGGCAGGAUGCGCGAUAGGUUUAUUGACGGACGCAGACGCAGGGCGCUCAGCCACCGCUGCCCGCCCUCCGUCGUCCAUCUCCGCCGCUCGCGCCCUCUCGCGGUCACGCACCCCCGCGCGACCGACACAGACAGCGCUCGCUCAUCCGGACUCCCUCCGCUCCCUCACGCUGGGCACUGCAGAGGGCCACGUUCGCAUUCCCUCACUACAAUGCUUCCUCCUUAGGCGCCAGUGGCCAACCUGGGCCCAUUCAAGAUUCUGUGACCCGGACUGCCCGAACAUUCAACGGUGGAUGCACCGUCGUCCUGUCC